GGAGUUAGGCGCGUGGUGCAUUGUGGGAGGGAGGUAGGGACAACCUGAGGGCCAUGGAGAGUAGCAGGGAUGCGCCAGUUACCGCACGUGAACCUGUCCCCUUAUCCCAUGACUGCUAAGUUUACUCAAGAGCCUUUGGUGUGGAACUUUGUUAAAAGCUUUUUGGAAGUCCAAGUAUACUAUGUCAACUGGAUCACCUUUAUCCACAUGCCUGUUGACACUCUCAAAGAACUCCAAAAGCCAUCCAGCCUCGAGAAAGAAGUGGGGAGGGACAUCUUCCUGUACAUCGCCCAGGGAAAGCCAGCCGGUGGUUUGGAGUCACCAUGCCUAAAUCGGUCAAGACCAACGUCAACAUUCUCCACCAGGAGAAGCUGAUUGCCCAGAAGAAGCGGGAGAUUGAGGCCAAGCUGGAACGGCAGGCCAAACGGAACCACUUGGUCAGCCAACAGUCCUCACAGGCCAGCGACGACGACAGCGGUGACGGGGAAAGUUCCGUUUCCAACAAGUUUGCCAAUGACGGCAGCUUCCUUCAACAGUUCCUCAAGCUGCAGAAAGAAAAAUCUGGAAAUGAUGCCUCCUCCAGCUCUGCCGCAGCCCUUGCAACCAACGCCCCGGCUUUGAGUGCCGUAAAGAAGCCCCCCCUGAGCGGGAAGCGCCCCAACCUCAGCGUCAGCAGUAUGCUGAACCAAGUCAAAAACUACACCCAUUCCAAACAGACGCCCGUGACCAGCCGCCCGAGCGUUUUCCAGGCGCCAGACGAGGAAGAAGAAGAAGACUAUGAGCAGUGGCUGGAGAUCAAAAUUUCACCCCCAGAGGACAUCAAGACCCGCCGAGUCGUGGAGAAGCUGGCCAGGGUGGUUGCCGAAGGGGGACCGGAGAUGGAGAAGGUGGCGCUGGAGGACUGCAAGGACAACCCCACCUUUGCGUUUCUGCAUGAUAAGAACAGCCCGGAGUUUCUGUACUACAGAAAGAAACUGGCAGAGAUGUGGAAAAAGGGCCAAGACCCGGAGAGGCCCCCUCUUAAGAAAGUUUCACCCCCAGAGGAUGAAGAGACCAAGGACUGUGCCGAGAAACUGGCAAGGUUCGUGGCAGAUGGCGGCCCCGUGGUGGAAAUGGUCGCCCUGAAGAACCACCGCAAGAACCAGGCUUUCAGGUUUCUGUACGAACCCAACAGCGCCGGCUACAGGUAUUACCGGCAGAAGCUGGAGGAGUUCCGGAAAGCCAACAGCGACGCGGAGGGCAUGCCCCCCAUGCUGGAGUCCAACCUGAAGCGCAAAGCUGCCCCCGAAGCGGGGGCGCCCUCUUGCUCGGCGCCCGCACCGGCCCCCGCACCGGCCCCCGUGGCCUCCUUGCCAAAGCCAGUUCCAGCGGCCGCUGCAAAGAAGAAACGGAAAAGCCGCUGGGGCCCCGAGGAGGAGAAGGUGGACUUGCCACCCCCUGAGCUUGCCCAGCAGACAGAGGACCCUUCGCCUACCCCCUUGUCAGACAAGGACCUCAAAGGGCUUGGAUAUGAGAAGGGGAAGCCCGUCGGCCUGGUGGGCGUAACGGAGCUCUCGGAUGCCCAGAAGAAACAGCUGAAAGAACAGCAAGAGAUGCAGCAAAUGUACGACAUGAUCAUGAAGCACAAGCAGGCCAUGCAGGAGAUGCAGAUCAUGUGGGAGAAGACGGUCAAAGAGCACCAGCACGGCUACGACAGCGACGAGGAGGUGGACAACGACCUGGGGACGUGGGAGCAUCAGCUGCGCCGCAUGGAGAUGGACAAGACGCGGGAGUGGGCAGAGCAGCUGACUCAGAUGGGCCGAGGAAAGCACUUCAUUGGGGACUUCCUGCCACCUGACGAGCUGGAGAAGUUCAUGGAGACUUUCAAGGCGCUGAAGGAAGGUCGCGAACCCGAUUACUCGGAAUACAAGGAGUUCAAGCUGACGGUGGAGAACAUCGGCUACCAGAUGCUGAUGAAGAUGGGGUGGAAAGAAGGAGACGGCUUAGGCACUGAGGGCCAGGGAAUCAAAGCCCCCGUUAACAAGGGAGUGACGGCGAUAGACGGAGCAGGAUUCGGGAUCGACCGUCCCGCCGACUUGACCAAGGAAGACGACGAGUACGAGGCGUUCCGCAAGCGGAUGAUGUUGGCGUACAGAUUCCGACCCAACCCGCUGAACAAUCCCAGGCGUCCAUACUACUGACGCGGUGGCGCUUGCCUGCCCUCCCUUCCAAGUGGUGGUUGGUUUGUACUGUGAUGCGUUACAAAACCCCUCCCUCCCUCCCUCCCUCCUCUCUUUGUGUUGCUGUUGGGAGUUUUAAAUCAGCUCGGGAGACCCAUCUUUCCUCCUUUGGACCUGCGUUAGCCUUGGCGUUCCCUUCCUUGGAGUUCCCAAAAAAGAUUGCCCACCCUUUUAAUCCAGAGACCUCCCAGAUGAAAGAGUAGUCAGCCGUUGCUCCAGAGGCCUGUCGGUGUUCAAAUCUUGGCCAGGUGGCUCUUACAGUUCAGGUUCUUAGAAGAGGUCCUCCCCUCCCCUCCUCUCCUCUCCCCGCUUGGAGCACUGGGAACGACUCCUGCAUUGCUAAUCCGCAAGACCGGCAAUCUAUGGUGUCUGAAACGGGGAGGGGGGGGGCGCUGAGAAGAAACUCCCCCUCUCCCACACAAUCACGAAGUUGAAUUCUUUUCUCUUCUUUCUUUUUAAAACCAGGCUUGGAUUGCAGUGCAAGCGGGGGGGGGGGUGUAAUUCAAGAGGUUUCCUUUUUGGUUCUGUUCAGGGCUUAAUUUUGUCCCCAUCUCCAAAGUGAGAAAAGCGCAGGAGCGUAGAUCUGAGACUGUUCUGGUUUCGGAGGCCUGUGGGGGUGGGAACCCUUUUCCUCACUUGCUGUGUUUAAAGAGAGAUUAUUUCAUCUUGGACUGCACCCAGUCUGAAGCAGACGCCAGAACCCCUUUUGCUACAUCCUCGCCCACAAGAUCCUAAGAAUUGUCUAGGGUUACCCCAAAGGAGGUGGUUUGGGGGGUGUGCGUGGAGGGGGUGGCUUCUGUUCCUAUACACCACCCAAAAAACUCCACAGACUCUCCUCCUUUCAUGGACACACAGUGUUUUGGUCUCUCUCCUGUCAUCUUAUCUCUACCUGAAUAACCAAAAUGAAUUGUGCCACUUCUAGUAUUUUUUUGGGUCGCUUCUUUUUGGCCAUCCCAGUCUCCCUGUUUAAUCUCAUGGAAUUGUAGUUUUAAUGCUUUUUGGCUUUCGACACAUUAAUAAAGUUAAAAAAUAAAUGCA